CACCUUUUAAAAACAAAAGUCUUGUUGCCCUUAAGGCAACGACUAUAAACAUAAUUCCUAUUGAAAUAUAACCAGACUUUAAACAUUUCAUUCUCUCCUCUGCGGGUGUAACAUGUCUGUGUCUUUGUAUGAGGCUCCUGCUUCUUGUGUAUGUGUGUGAGAAAGAAAGGCAGUGAAAGUUAACCCCACCCCUCUUCACCGAUGGGUUCUGACAGAGACACAGAUUUUUCCUCAGGAUUGGGAACAACAAAAAUCCAUCAUAGCCAAACGGCUUAAUUUGUUCAAUACCAUUGUCAGCACUGUUAAUGGUGGUACCUACUGAUGCUGCAGUAUUUCAAAAUUAGCCAGUUUAAUACCUGUUUUCAGUAUCCAUUCCAUUUUUGACACAUAUACACAAUAAUUAUAUUCAGCUGUUGUUCUGGUUAUGUGUUUAGAGUCAGCUCUUAUCGGGUUUAGACUGUGUAGGCAACUGUGUACCAAAACAACGUCAUCGAGUGUUGGUGCCCAUCAGAAAGUUUGUUAAUCUGGCUGGCAGCAUGCAUUGUCAGCACUGUACCUCUGCCCCAUAGGGACUUAAUUAAGCCAGAAUCAGUCCAGCUGAGGCCCACACAGCUCUCUUAGAUUACUUCCUCCUUCCAUCUCCACAUCAAUCUCUGUCCUUCAUUGUCCACAAGUUUUCUGUCCUUUUAUGUUUGUACUUUAAUUCCUCUGGAACCGUACUUGCCCCUUUGUCCCUACCUCAUCUUUACCACUAUGACCACAUACACAAACACGUCUCUACAUGCCGACAUGUAAAAUGAAAAAUGAUGGAGGACUUUAGGAAAGCAGAAAGGACAGUUUUGCCUCAUGAUCUGAUGAUCUUCAGGAAGUAUUGUGCAUAUGUGUAUAUGGACAAUACUUCCUGAAUACUUUCUGUUUGUUCCUAUCCAGGAGAUGCACGAGUGAGCAAGUGGCUGUCUAGUUGCAUGGCAUGACCUCACCGCAUAUCAGGUCCUCUCAGUGGAGAGGUACAGGGGGCUGAGCCUCAGCCAUAAAGACACUCUGUUCUCUACCAAACAUUGACUUAUUGUGUUGUUGGGUGGGCGUUGGGAUCAUUUGUAAACAAUGCCAGCCUUGAUCCAGGCAAAUGCUGUUCUUCUUUUUCUUUUGCCAAGCUCCCAUAUUGUCAUCAAAACAUGCCUCAACAUGGCUAGCCCACUACCCACCCUCCAUUACCUUGUUUGAGAUCAGAUCACCUACCCCAAUUUCUCACUCUGACCAGAUGAAUUUAAACUUACCCUGUGCCAAAAGAAAACUCCCAUAUGAAGAGACACUUAUCUGUCCAACAAAAAUAUGAUCCUACUGCUUAUAAUAACUCCAUAUCUGACCAAUCAGACAAAAGCUGAGAUUUUACAUCACGUGAUCUCAUAAUGUGGUUGUUCAUAUAUAAAUGUGCAUGUGUAACAAAAACUGUCAAUCCAGCACCACAGGACAUGCAGCAGUGUUUUUUGAGGGGUAUUUCGUGCUUUCUCUCUCCUUGCCACUGCUUUUCAUAAGGCUUUGUGGGUGGCAGUGCUAAUUGCAGAUGAAGUGGUCUUGGCUAAAUAUUUAAUGACAUGGAAGAUACAUGGAUAGGGAUGCCCCCUUUGUUUUGUUUUUUAUCUUGUGCCUUGUGAGCGCAUAAUGAAAGUCUCCAGGUAAUGUCAUUUAGCGGUUAACUAACCUCUCACCACCAUCAAUAUCACCCCAUCUCUUCAGUACUACCAUCCCCUCCCCCAACUAGCCUUCCUUCUGUCCUUUUCCAGACAGAGAGUAUAUCCUCUGUUAGGAUAGGAAUAGAGCAUGAUAUAAAUAAAGUCAGGGUGAGGCAAUAGAUAGAAGAGGAGAAACCCAGCCAGAGCAGUGUUAGUGGGAGGGACCAAGCAUGAGGGGUGAGGAAGGCAAGGGGGGUUGUCUCAUGCCGCGCAAGAGCUUUGCAACUUCUUGGCAGCACUUCAGAAAUGAGCCUCAGAAGCUUGGCGAGCUGAGCAGACAUAUUGAGACAAGGAUGGUCACUGCAUUGCACAAAACCUAGCUCUUAACAGGAUGGUUGGCAGGCACCUCUCCACAGAACUGCCCCCACAGAGCAGCCAGGGAGCCCAGUAUGAUAAUCCCCUCUGGGGACACCUGCCAGCCAACAGGAGUGCCACAAGUGCUGCAUCUUCUACAAUUCUUAGUGGUUGGGAUCAACUAAUCAUUGACCAGAAGGACACAGAGGCUUGGCCUUCUAUAACCCUCAGCCAGAGCCAGGUCCCUCCUGGAGGAUGCCCUUUGGAUACUGACCCUGGUCAUUUGACCAGCAGCAACAGCAGUACUAAUAGUAGUUGCAAUACAGUGACUAUGGCCACUGGGGCCAAUAGCCAGACAGGCCAUUUCUCUGCCAGCCACCUAAGCAGCAAGGCCAACAGCGGGCCUAACCCUGCCAGUCUUACUGGAAGCAGCAUGCUCUCUGGUCAGGUCGCAGCUAAUCGCAACUGGGCCUCUGGACCUGGAACCUCCCAUUGCCCCUCCCAGUCCUCAGUAGGGAAUGAAGGGAAGCAUGAUAGUCAAGUGGGGGGAGUAGGCAGUAGGGCCUGGGGCUCUUCUUCACAAUCUUCCACCACCAACUUUAACUUGAACCUAAACCCUAAUGCCAACCCAUCUGCCUGGCCCAUGUUGGGGCAUGAUGGAAGUGGCACAGGGGGAGGCAGCUCAGGGGGAGCCAACACCAUUUCACCUCCUCAAACUACACCCAACCUCUGUAAUCCACCUGGCCCCCCACCAUCCCAGACCAGUACCUGUACUGGAGGCAACACUAACAGCAACUCCUCAGGCAUUGGCAGCGCCUGGGGUAAUAUAAUGACCUCUGACACAUCAGAGUCACACCCAUCCCAAUCCACAAAUGUGUCUUUCAGUUCAGAACCUCAGAACCUUAAAACUGAUGGACCAAAUCACACUAAUAAACAGGAACCCCCCAGCCCAAUUCACAGCUUGCCUGGCUGGGGUAGUGCACCCGUAGGCCUGAGUUCCAGGGGCCAGCUACCACAAGGGGGCCCACAGGUCAAUGGAGACGACUGUAGCUCAGCAUGGGGUAACAGUGUUGAGUCUAAGGCACCUUCAUCUAAGGAAGCACCUGGCUGGGACUCUGGCUGGGGCCAUGGAGCAGGUGGAACAGGAAACUCUGGAGGCUGGGGUGACCAGUCUGGUGGAGAAUGGGGGAAGCAGCACACUGAAGAAGCCCAGGGAGGCUGGGAUCCCCCCAGCUCCCCUCCGCAGGAUCCACAGGCUAGUCCUUGGAGUAAAGCUGUGAGCACAGCUGGUGCCAGUGAAGGAAGCAGUGACAGCAUGGAAGGAAAUCCCCAACAUAGAGACUGCUCAUCCCGAGAUAAUCCAGCUCCAUUGCUGCCUGCCCAGGAUCUUGACCCCAGGGUGCUGUGCAACACUGGCUGGGGGCAGACCCCUGUUCGCCAGCACACCUCUUGGGAUAUGGAUAAUACUAAACGCAAAAAUGGUGUAGGCAGUGAGUCAUGGAGCUCUGGCCCAACCACUCCCAACAAUGCCCAGGUGGCUGCCAACACCAACAUAGGUCCCACUCAAAGAACUGACUCUGGGGGUAAAAAUGAUGUGCCUGGUUCUCAGGGAGCUUCAGGUUGGGGUGGAAGCAUAGUAGCAACCAAAUCACCCAGCACUAGUUGGGGAGAGCCACCCAACAUUAAUAAACCCCCAGGCACUCCCAGUGGCUGGGGUAAGGCUCCAGCAGGAGCCUCUGUCCCCAGUGUACCCAAAAAUGGUAGCCAGUCUUGGGGAGAAGAUAAGUCAAGUGGGUGGGAAGAUUCUCACAUCAAGGCAACACCCCAAGGCUGGGGAGAGCAACACAAACCAUCCCACAGUUGGGGCAAUAGUGGAGGUAGCAAUAAUGCAGGGGACUGGAGAGAACCAGAAGAGAGUAAAAAGAGUCCCACUAAUCCUGCAUGGGAGGGAGACACUGGUGGCUGGAAGGAAAACCCUCGUGGCUGGGGAACAUCUGCUUCAGGUUCAGGGAUAUCUGGAGCUGGAGGAAAUGGUGGCUGGGGAGAACCAGUUUCUCAGCGUCCUAGUGGCCCUCCUCAAAGUUGGGGUGGCAAGCCUCAGGAUGGGCCUAGUAGUGGUGGUGGUGGUGGUGGUGGUGGUAGUGGUGGUAGUGGUGGUGGUGGUGGUAGUAGUAGUAGUGGUGGUGGUGGUGGAGGGAGCAUAGGCUCUUGGGGUGGCUCAGACUCAGUAAAACGAGGUGGAGGCUGGGGGGGCAGUAAGCAAGAGUCCACCGCUGAGGCUACAGGCUGGGAAGAGCCCUCACCAACUUCAGUCAGACGUAAAAUGGAGAUAGAUGAUGGAACCUCAGCUUGGGGUGACCCUGUUACCUACAAAAAGGCAGUCAACCUGUGGGACAGGAACAAUCCAGGAACGUCUCAAGCUAAAGUUACCAGUGGAGGCAAUAAUCCCCCAGGCCCCAACAACAACCACCCUCACUCUCAUAAUCACCCAUAUCACGGGCCACCUGCACCUUUACAGAACCACAGCCAAAACUCCCAAAACCCGGGGCCCGCCAGUGGGACCAUGGAUCCUGUUGUCCAACACCAGCCUGGGCCAUCUCACAACAGGAGUCCCCUGAUGGCUCAAGGUAAACAAGGUUGGGGAGAGAUACCCAACUCCCACACAAAAUCAGAGAGCUCUUGGGGGGAACCUGCACCCUCUCCAGUCAGCGUAGACAAUGGGACAUCUGCCUGGGGCAAACCUAUUGGGAGCUGUGGAGGUUGGGGAGAUGGUAACCAAGACAGCUAUGGAAGGGGCAACCCAGCUAUGACAUCUGCAUCUUGCAAACCUGCUCCCAAACCUAUGCAAGAAGGAUGGGGAGGUGGAGGCGAGGAGCUGAGCUUGUCGGGGGGCCAAUGGGAUGCUGAGGAAGGAGACUUAUGGAACAGCAACACCUCCCAGGAGAACAACUCCUGUAACUCUUGGGGCAAUGCUCCCAAAAAGGGCCCACCAAAGGGGAAGGUUCUGGGGAAGCAAGAAGAUUCCUGGAUCAUGAAUCGUCUCAUCAAACAGCUGACAGACAUGGGCUUCCCUAGGGAUCCAGCGGAGGAGGCUCUGAAGAGCAACAACAUGAACUUGGACCAGGCCAUGAGUGCCCUGCUGGAGAAGAAGACAGAGCUGGACAAGCGGGGAAUGGGGAUGUCUGGCCACGACUACAACAACGGGCUUAUCAACAAGCCCAUGACCUGCCCUCGGCCUCCGCUUCUUUCCAAAGACCCCUCAGCAGACCCCCGCUUGCCCUUCAUGGAUAAGCAGAUGCAGAGUGGAAUGUUUGGCGGUGGUGGAGCAGCACAAGCCAGGACCAUGCAGCAGACACAGCAGCCUCCUCAGCCGCCAGUGCCGCAUCUCAGCUCUUCUCAGCCUAGUCUGCGUGCUCAAGUGCCUCAGUUUCUCUCCCCUCAGGUUCAAGCACAGCUCUUACAGUUUGCAGCAAAAAACAUUGGUCUGAAUCCUGCACUUUUAACUUCACCAAUAAACCCUCAACACAUGACCCUUCUGAAUCAACUUUACCAGCUGCAACUGGCAUACCAGCGUUUACAAAUUCAGCAGCAGAUGUUGCAGGCUCAGCGCAAUGUUUCUGGUCCCAUUCGACAACAAGAGCAGCAAGUUGCACGUACAAUCAAUAACAUGCAGCAGCAGAUCCAGCAGCACCAGCGUCAGCUGGCCCAGGCCCUGCUGAUUAAGCAGCAGCAACAGCAGCCGCCACCCUCCCACUCUGGCCUACACUCUGGUGGGGUAAAAUCCACCCUGGAUACGUUUCCAGGUCACCCCCAGACUCCAGGUCUCCCUGAUCUGCAGACCAAAGAGCCGCAGUCAUCUCCCAAUACCUACAGCCACUACUCUCUCUCUGGACUGAAUCCAAACAUGAAUGUAAACUGCAUGGACAUGGGAAGUCUGUCUAUGAAGGAACCCCCUCAGCCCCAAUCACGCCUGUCACAGUGGACACACCCAAACUCCAUUGAAAGCCUCUCUGGUAACUCCUCUCCCCUAGAGCCCGGCCUGGGCAAGCAUGGUGCCAACUUGGGUCCCCCUGGUAAGCCCCCACAGCUGGAGGACUCUUACAGUCCAUACAACCUCAUGUCCAGCUCAGACUCUCCCACCAGCCCCCUGGUCCCCCCAGACAGCUGGGGACAGGGCAAAAGCAACAGUGACAAGAUAUCCAAUGGGACCAAUAUCAACUGGCCUCCAGAGUUCUGCCCUGGUGUGCCAUGGAAGGGCCUCCAGAAUAUCGACCCCGAGAAUGACCCCAAUAUGACCCCAGGCAGUGUCCCCAGUGGGCCCACUAUCAAUACCAACAUCCAAGAUGUCAACCGCUACCUGCUGCGGGACAGGAGUGGAGGCUCCUCACCCACUUCAUCUCAGAUCGAGGCUCUGCCUCCCUCCACUGAUUGGCCAGUCAGUGCCUACACUAGCUCAUUCAAUCUGUCCUCCCCGGAGGCGGACGAUGCAGGUAAACUGUCAGAGAUGAAAUCUACUUGGUCUGCAGGACCCAUCUCUCAUGGCCAGGCUUCUCUGUCCCAUGAGCUUUGGAAGGUCCCCCAGGGCCCCCGCAGUAGCACCAUAGCCCCUUCACGUCCCCCACCUGGUCUCACUAACACCAAGCCUUCCUCAACAUGGGGGGGCAACUCCCUGGGUCUGGCUCAAGGCUGGAGCAGCUCUUACACCACAGCAGGUACCACGUGGAGUACAGACACCUCCACCAGGACCAGUAGCUGGCUGGUUCUGAGGAACCUCACUCCACAGAUUGAUGGUUCAACUCUGCGCACACUGUGCAUGCAGCACGGCCCCCUCAUCACAUUCCACCUCAACCUGACACAGGGCAAUGCUGUGGUGCGUUACAGCUCCAAGGAUGAAGCUGCCAAGGCACAGAAGUCCCUGCACAUGUGCGUGCUUGGGAACACCACCAUCUUGGCAGAGUUUGCUGGGGAGGAGGAAGUGAACCGCUUCUUUGCACAGGGCCAGUCACUUGGUGGAACAACCAGCUGGCAGGCCAGUCCGGGCGCCAAUCAGACAAGGAUGGGUGGGACAGGGUCUACAGCAUCUCAUCCCAUCGGUCACUCACCCCACUGGAACAACAACAAUAGCAGCAGCAGUAGCAGUGGCCUUGGAGCAGGCGGAACAAAGACAGGUGGGGAGUUGCUUUGGGGUGGAGUGCAACAGUAUUCUAGCCUGUGGGGACCCCCAAGUGGAGAAGAAGGACGGGUCAUGGGGAGUCCCACCCAAAUCAAUACGCUGCUGCCUGGUGACCUGCUGAGUGGAGAGUCCAUGUAGGACAGAAGAGCCCAGGCUUAACAAACACCAACAGGAGCAAAAGUCUUUUUAAAUCAAUGUGGAGAUAAUCAGUGUGGGAGUAACGCGGAAAAGGAGAAGCAAGACGAGGACAUCGACAUCCUCGCUGCUCACUCGUGUCAACCUCCUCUGCUCCUUUUCAAUGUUUUGAAUGACAUUUCAGUUGCAGUUCUGUGAAUCUCGGUGAGAGAUUGAGAGAUCUCGGUGAGAGAUUCACAGUGUUCAGCUUUUACUUUUGGAGACGCAGGAAAGUAGUCUUUUCACUCAACAACGAAAGAGAACUUUUUACAGAAAUGAAUUGCUGUGUGAAACACGUUCUUUCAUCAAACUGACACAGUGAAGAGCUGCCAUCUUUAAACUUGCAUAAUCCUUCUUUGCCUUUCAAGGCAAUCAUACUGCACCUCCGAGAUCUACGAAAAAGGCAUCAUUCCCUUAGUAAAACCUUUCAAUCAGAGUGGUUGUUGAACUUUCAGCUGGUCCAGACUCAACAUUUGUUUCUCUCAGCACUAAUAUUAGCCUUAACCUAUUUCCUGCCCUGCUAUCCUCAUUCACUCUGUACUUGGUGAAGAAGCAUACGGACACUUGCACACCCUUAUUUCUGAGCCAAUGAAACCUGAGUGGAAAGUACAUGCUGCUGCUGCUGCUGCUGCUGCCGCCGCUGCUGCUGCUGCUGCUGCUGCUUAACAGAAGCAACCACAGCUCACAACACAUUUGGCAUUUUUUUGCAAGCAGAUUGAGUUCCUCAGUUCACUUAAAGGGAAUGAUGCAACUCUGUUUGCCUUGUUCAAGCCAUUUAUUUUUGUAUUGUUUUUCUUCUCUUCUUGAACCAUUGCAAACAAAGCUACGAAAUGAAAUUAUUCACAGUGUGUCUGUCAAUCGUACCUGGCGGGAUUAGAUUAGUGAGGGGUUGUCGCGCUGCAGAUGCGACUGCCGACAAAUAGAACCACUGCUAUUACUGUGGAACUGUAGAGACAAAACACUUCAGUGCACCUCAACUCAUCUGCGGGGAACUCGCAGUUUGGUCUCAGCCUCUGAUCCUCUUACUGAUUUAGUGGAAAACCUCAAGUCGUAACUGUUUCCCAACAGUAUGUUGUCAGCGAACCCCCACUCCCACACCGCCACCCACUCCACCCGCAAAACAUCAUUUCAAGUGACGUGCAAUACAAGCCACAGACUCUACCGUCCAAGCGCCGUGGUGUGGCUUCUCUUGGAAAGAGAGGAGACUAUAAGUAAUGAUUGAACUUCAGAAACUGUUAUCUGGCCCACCAAGCCCCCUUCCCCCCCACCCUAAAACUGCCACUACUACCCAUCAUCUCCCCUCACAGGAGAGUGUGAACUCAGGAGAGUAGAAAGCUGGUCUUGAACCAUCUUCAACCACAAGGACAAAUACACAAAGCACUUCUUCAGACAGCUUACUCUCCACACUUAUGCCAGUGACUAUUUUUGGGAGAGAGGGAGGGACAGGUGUGUGUGUGUGUGUGUGUGUGAGUGAGUGUGUGUGUGAGUGCGCGUGCUCAUGUGUGAUGAGAAUGCAUCAAACCAAAAUGAGAUGAGCCUGGGUUUUUUUUCCCCCCCCUUUUUACCCUCAAGACUUUUUUUUCCCCUUUUGCCCAAAUUUGCAUUGGUAUAAAAGUAUAAAGCAAAGAUUUUGUGAAUAGUUGGUCUAUCAUAGCACUUAGCAAGAGCAUCACAGCUCAUUAUGCCCUCAACGCCAACAAACGGAAGAAAGGAGAAGCAACACUGGCACAUAAAAACUGAAAAACAAAGACAAAAAAGCAAUCUGCUCAGUGGCUUCCCUGUAAACUUAUUUUUUAAACUUAACAUGGAUGUGAAGAUUUUCCUUUUUCAGUCCUUCUUCUCUCAAGUCAGUGGGACCAAGAAGGAUAUCAAACAUGGUAGCAAAGUGAAGGGAAAUACAAAGAAAGAAAGAACUAACUCAACUGAUAACGAGUGCAGCAGGGAAGGACCCUACAGCACUCACCCUCUCUGUCAAAGUAAAUAUCACUGUUACAUUGCAUACUGUUACAUUGAAAUCUUUAGCCUUGGUGUCUGGAAAAUGCUCGAUGAGUUUAUGUUCUACUGGGUCCAGCAGGGAGGAUCGCCAUUUCAUUCUUCUUAUUUUUUUUCCCCAUCUGUUUAUUGGAGGCCCUGCCAACCUGUGUGAUAGUGUGGCCACUGAGUGCCUGCCUGCUGCGGAGUGCAGUUCUCCGCAGCAGACCUCACCUCACCCCUCUCGCAGCCUUGCUCGCUGCCUCCCUGUGGAUCUCUACAGACUGCCCCUUCCUCCCCCUGGGCCUCCAGGCCAAGAGCAGCUCUUUCAGAACUGGCCCACAUGUAUUAAAUUUACUACUACUGCUGCGCCAGAGUCUGUCCUCAGCAACCCCCACUUCCACUCUCUCUGUCUCUCUCCUGCAAAGAUCACUUUAGCCAGAGAUGGAGGUGCUUGACGCGUUUGGGUUUUUUGUUUUCUCUUGGGUUUCACUCGUAGAAUUGCCAGUGUGCAUUUUUUAUUGUUAUUGUUGUAUGAAGUUUGCUGAUAUUGUUGCUGUUAUAAUUGAUAAUAUUAGUUCAUGAUUGUUUUCUGAUGAUGAUUUCAUGGCUUUUUUAAUAUUGGUCAUUAUGCAGUGUUCAGCCUCUCUCCUGCCCCUCCCACUGCCUCAGCGGCAGAACCGUUGUGUAGUUCAGAGGUACAACUCCACUGUGCAGCAAGGCCAGACACACUGCAGAUCUCAGCAGAAAGGCUGUGCGUGCGUGCGUGUGUGUGCGUGUGUGGUGUCAUUUGUCUGAGUCAGACGGUGGAGUUGAAGAGUCGAAUCAAAAUGGGGAAAAAGUUGUGUUGUCGUAGGUUCACUCCAGGAUGGUGAAUCAACUUUCUCCGUCCAUCCUGGUGCACCAAACCUCUGCUCUGUUGUCUCAUUACACACACACACACACACACACACUUCCUUUAAUAUUGAUGCGCCUCACUCACACUGGUGCUUUAUGUUUAACUCUGGGAGCACUCAGUUAUGCUUAGAACCACCUCAACUGAUGACAGCCUUCCAUUUCUAUGCAAAGACAAAGAGAUGUUUGUUCACACCUAUCUCGGAAAUCACAGCUAUCAUCCACAUCGUAAUAGUCAUCACUUAUCUUUACUACCAGGCAGCUUCCCUUGAAACACCCCUGUCUCUUCAAGGGUGUAGUUUCCCACUGUGUGGACUGAGAUGACACUAAAUGACCUGCUGGAGGCACUAGUGGUUGGCAAUCAGUCACUUCUUCAGUCUUGUGCCAACUGAUCUUUCCAAUAUCCACAUCCACUUUGCCAUAUCCUAAAUAAUCUGUAGUGUGAUGAGACUUGAGUUCCUCUUUUAUUGCCAGCCGCGGCGUGCACCAGGAGCUCCAGCUGUGGGAGGCGUGAGGAGUAGAAGGGCAGGACAGACGAAUCGUGCUGGACUGGAAAUAUAACGGAGAGCUUGAGGAGGAAGCGGUGGGGUGGUCCCUGUAUGUGUCUGUGCACUGUUUCUGGGUCACAUCGGGUACAUCUCUUUAAAAACCAAAAACAUUUAUCUUUUUUUCUUAAGCAUCAAUGUUUUUUGCAAAAACUAGAAACUAGAAAAAAAAAAAAAGGAAGUGUAAUUCAGCUGUGCACUUUGAGGCUGAGAUGUUUGUGUUCUGUGUCUCUGCAAGCUGCCGCCUUCUCAACCCCCCCCCCCCCAACCCCCCUCCCCACGGGCAAGGCUCAGUCGUCUUGGCCACGUGUGGGGAAGCUGUAUCCAGGAGGUUUGUUUUGGACCUCCAACCUGAAGGUCACUUCAGCAAAUAUAUUUAACAGGUUAUUUCUGCACACCUGGCUUUGGGGUUGGGGUCCAAGCAGGGACCCAGCGUAUCAGUAGAAAUGGUGACAAACCUCAAGUUCAGUACCAAGUCUUAAAACAUCGGGGAAUUGUUCCCUCUUCCAGAGUUGCUUAAGACUCGCGUCAUUCAACAGAAAAAACAAUCACUAUUGCCUGUGUUGUUUGUGUGUCUGAUCCCGAGCACCUGCAUUUACUCCACACUGGACUUGAAUCAAGGAACUGGCGUUGGAAGUGCGGGGGAUGAGUGACGGGGAUGGAAGUCCAGUCUCAGAUGUGUCCUGGAUUUUCUUAACGCAGCACCAGCACCGAGAGCCCCGCCCCCCCUCCCACACCCUCCGCCUCCACCCAUAUCUACCUGUCUAGUGUCGGAAACCAGAUUUUCUCCCCUAUUUUCUUGUUUGUUUGUUUGUUUGUUUUAGUCACACCGUCUCAACUGGAGCUUGAGGAAAGUAUGCUUUUCAAUCAUGGACGAGACAAGGGUUCUGGGGCCCCGAAGAACAUUUGAAAUCUUUCAACAAAAAAAAAAAAGGCCGGAGUUGAAUAUGCACAUGUUUGUUUAUAUACAGUAUACAACCAGGAGUAUGAAAUGGCUGUAUGUGUAUAUAUGACUCGAUUUCUGUUUUCCACUUAAUCCCCUUUCCAAUCCUGAGCCCUGGCUUUAGCCUUUUACCCUGUGUUUCCUCCUCAACAUUGUAUUUCCCAGAAAACAAAAUCUUUUUAACAUAUCAGAGUAAUACAAAAUAAUGAAAACAAAUACUUGAAUCAAAAGAAGCGCCAAUAAUGUAAUGUGAACACUUUUUGUAGUGGGUUGUUGUUUUUCUUUAAUUUUUUUUUUUUUUUUUUUUUUGUCUCAUUCAUACACUUCAGAGAUUUUUGAUAACAUUGGUUCAGAGUGAAUUAAAUUUGAAAAUUACGAGUGUUGUUGAAAACAAAGAUGGAUAUAAAGGCAAAUUUACAUCUGUUGUAUUGUGAGUGUUUGCACAAGGCUGCUUGUACUGUAUGUUGUGUGAAUGUCGGCGUGCGAGGUGAAAACACGCAGAAGAGCGUGUGAUUACAGGAGGAAUUUCUGCCUCAUGUUUCUCUUCAAUUCAGUAUACUUAUGUUAUUGAUUUUUUUUUUGUUUAUUUGUUGUUGUUUUUUUCUUUAUUUUUUUGCUUGUCAAAAAUAUAUUUUGAUGUUAAUUGUUACUAGCCUCUAGCGUUGCACUGAGUGUCGGCCUCAACCCUCAUCCAGCUAAAUGAACAACAUGAUACAAGUACUGAGGGGAGACGGGGACAGUUCAUGUGUAAAUGUUUACUCAAGGACUAAAAUAAGUGUGUUUUUGUACAAAAAAAAAAAAAUGUAAUGUUUAUCUACCUUAGUGGCUUUCAUUGUGGAAUAAUCCAAGAAAGUAUGGAUCAUAAUUGAGUAUUGCACCAUUUUUUUCAGACUAUAAACUUUAAAAAAAAGACAAAAAAAAUCACCUAUGUAUAAAAAAAAAUGCAGCAAAACAAAGAAAAAAAAAAAAAGUAUUUUGCAGACCUGUGGCCAUAGUUUGGGGUAGAAAGACUUCAGCUCUCCUGAAUCUGAGCAACGGAGAGAGUGAAGGACAAGACAUCAGACUGAGCCUUGGCUUCCAGGGCUCACUUCAGAGGUGCCUACCUUUUUGGUUUGUUAGCUUUUGUUCUGUUUUCACUCAUGUUUGUCGUUUGUUUUCCUGCAAGGCCACUGACAGUUUACAAACACUUUGGUUUUUUUCUGGAGUUCGGGAAACACAAACAAUUCUGCAACACCAACGAGUUUUAACCUAUGGAAAUAAAAAGAAAACGGACAAAUGCUUCCAUUUUUAAAAGAAAAAGUGCAACAUAACACUUUGCAGAGUGAAGAUUUGUUGUGUGCUAUGUUCAGAACUCUGGGAUUGUCGUCUUGUUCUGUUCGACCUUCUUUUGGUUCCGUGUUAAUGUUGAUUUCAUGAACGAUCUCAAGCCUGUUAUGUUUUAUGUUGAUGUUUCCUUUAUAGAAAAGAAAAGAAAAGAAAUGAGGAAAAAAAAAAGUAGAAGAAAAAAGACAUAAUUGCUCACUAUCUUGCACACACAUGAAAUAGUGGAUCUUGUCUCAGGAAGGCCAGGGUUCCAGAGUACCACUCCACGCUAUGUUAAUGUACAUUUUUAUGAUGAUUUUAAAAAGAAAAAGGAUGAUUUUAAAAAGAAACAGUUUUAAGCACUGAAAGUUAUGGAUUUCAGAAGAAGAGAAAAUACCUUUUGUUUCUAAAUCCGUAGCAGUUACAUAAUAACCAAAUAAUGGACUUUACAUGAAAAAGGAGUGCUUUAUAUAUAAAUCUAUAUAUAAAAAUUGCUUUACAUUGAAAGAAAAAAAAAAGUCUGAUUUUGAUUGUGUAAAAAAAAAAAAGAAACGUGAAUAACAUGCAAAAUGCUGUAUGUUUGAAUCUUAAUUGUGUUUUCUUAAUGAGGUCCCAUCCUGACUGAAUCAGGAACAUUGUGCAUUAAUCUUUCUUUCCUCUCUCUCUCUCUCUCUCUCUCUCUCUCUCUCUCUCUCUCUCUCUCAUUCUCCCACAGCGGGUAUUACUAAUGAAUAAAUCAAGACUUUUUGUGGAACUUUUUUCACUUUGGAGGAUGUUUAUAAGAACAUGAGCUGGUUGUAAAGGAUCAUGUAACUAUGCACAAGUGUUUUUGGGGGUGGGUGGGGACUGAAGAUGGGAAUUUUCUUAAAUGGCUGAUCUAUCGCAGGGGUUUUUGAGGAUCCAAUGUGUUUUUAUUUGGUUGUUUAGUUUUUUUUUUUUUUUUUAAAGGAAGUGGAGGAAGGGGAACAUGUCGAACCCUCUGCCUCCUGCUUCCUUCCCCUGAUUCAGAUUGAUCUAGCGCUACAUUGCCAUGCUGUGUAUUCCUAAAACCAAUGAGCGUCUCACUCUUCAGCACUGUGGGAUUCGAUCCUUGUCACCCUCAAGGGUUUUUUUUUCUCAGUUGUAAAGGGUUUCUUUUGGGGUAGGGGGGAUUGAGGAUAUGGCAUUAGGGUUUUCUCUCUUUUUUUUUUGCCUUUUGUUUUUGAAAUAUGUCUGUACUGAGAUUUAAUGAGAAGUCAGUGGCUUGUAAUGUUUUAUUUUUUUUUCUCUCUGUAUAUCUCUUUCUCCUCAUAGAAUGUGAUUGUUAAAUGACAUGCACCGAAACAAAUGUUUUCAUGAACUAUGGAGCUUCUUUCAAAUAUUAAUAAAAUAGCAUCGUUUUUCUUGGCUGUUAAAAUGUGA